UUUUGUGGACCAUAAGUGACUUUCCUGCUUAUGGGAUGUUGUCUGGGUGGACUACACAUGGGAGAUUAUCUUGUCCAUAUUGUAAUGGAACGACAGAUGCAUUUCAGCUGAAGAACGGUAGGAAGACAAGUUGGUUCGAUUGUCACCGGCGAUUUCUUCCCAUUAAUCAUCCUUAUCGAAGAAACAGGAAAUUGUUUAGGCAGAAAAGGGUUGUGAGAGACACUCCUCCUCCGUAUUUAACUGGAGAACAAAUUGAACAGAAAAUCGAUUACUACGGAGCUCAAGAAACAGUUCGUUGUGGUGGUAAUUGGCAUGUUCCCGGUAAUAUGCCUGAUUAUUAUGGAGUUCAGCACAACUGGCACAAGAAGAGUAUAUUUUGGGAGUUGCCGUAUUGGAAAGAUCUUCUUUUGCGCCACAACCUAGAUGUGAUGCAUAUUGAGAAGAAUUUUUUUGAGAACAUCAUGAAUACAAUAUUGAAUGUUCCAGGGAAGACAAAAGACAAUCAAAAAUCGAGGUUGGACUUGCCUGAUAUUUGCUCAAGACCCGAGUUACAUAUAAAAAGCAAUGGACAAGUUCCUGUACCGGUAUUCAGAUUGUCUUCAGAACAAAAGUCGGUCUUGUUCAACUGGGUUGCAUCAGCAGUGAAGUUUCCUGAUGGGUAUGUUUCAAACCUCUCUAGAUGUGUUGAAAAGGGCCAAAAGUUCUCCGGGAUGAAGAGUCAUGAUUGUCAUGUCUUUAUGCAAAGACUACUUCCCUUUGCAUUUGCGGAGCUACUUCCCACAAAAGUACAUGAAGCACUUGCAGCCAUUGGAGCAUUUUUCAGGGACUUGAGCACUCGCACUCUUAAAGAGGAUGUCGUAGAACAACUUCACGAGAACAUUCCGAUCUUAUUGUGCAACUUGGAGAUGAUAUUUCCUCCCUCAUUAUUUGACGUCAUGGAGCAUUUAGCUGUCCACCUCCCGUAUGAGGCAUUGCUUCGAGGACCAGUACAUUAUGGAUGGAUGUAUCAGUAUGAGCGGGCCAUGAAAUAUUUGAAGGGAAAGGCAAAAAACCUCGCAAAGGUUGAAGGUUCUAUAAUUGCUGGAAGUUUGACGGAAGAAACAUCUCACUUCACAUCGUACUACUUUGCACCUAAUGUACGGACCCGACAAAGAGCUCCAAGAAGAUAUGAUGAUGGUGGUGUUGCCCCAACAUAUGCAGUUGCUGGUGUUCCGGAUAUCUUUAGCCAGAUUGGGCGAAUGGGUGGGAAAACGAAAGAGGUUUGGUGGUCGAGUGAUGAAGACGCCCAUAGUGCACACACUUACAUUCUACUUAAUUGUGAGGAUCCAUUUAUGCGCUAUUUUGAAAGCCUAUUUGUUAGUCAAGUCCAAGAAGCUAUCCCAGGCAUAUCCACAAGUGAGGUAGAUAAAAGGAAAGAUCGACACUUUAUUAAAUGGUUGAAGAGUCAGGUUGAAUAUGAGGAUCCAGAUUAUCCCAUAUGGUUUCACGAAUUAGUUCAGGGUCCACUUGCAAAGGUCACCACAUCACCAAUGUAUUUCUCACGAGGCUUUACUUUUCAUACGUACGAGUAUGGUAAACACCGGGCGACCAGCAAUUAUGGAAUUUGUGUGAAAGGCGAAACCGAUUUCUACGGGAUCUUGCAGGAGAUUAUUGAAGUGGAAUUCCCUGGGUUAUUGAAGCUGAAAUGCGUCAUAUUCAAAUGUGACUGGUUCGACCCCGUGGUCAACAGAGGUGUUCGAUUUAACAAAUUCGGUGUAGUUGCUGUCAAUGGUGGAAGGAGGUACAACAAAUUCGAGCCUUUCAUAUUAGCUUCGCAAGCAGACCAAGUUAGCUUCCUACCAUACCCGAGGUUGCGAGAAUCUGGAAUAAGUUGGUUAGCUGUUAUCAAAGUUACACCCCGUGGACGAAUAAUCGGUGGAGAAGAACCACCUUUGCAAGAAGAACACAUCAAUGAAGUCGAAGAACCUGAACAACAAAUGGAAGACAUCCUACUCAUUGAUCCGCAUAAUCAUGAGUAUGAAGAUCUUCCCGACGAUACCACUGACGAUGCUGUUGAGGACGAGUUUAAUGAAAGUGAUGAUGUUUCUAGUGUUGAAGAGAAUGAUGAUGUAUCUGAAUGAUGAUGUAAUUUUUAAAAAAUAUUAUUUAUUUUCAGACUUGAUUAAUGCA